AUGUUUUCUACAAAAAGUGCUCAAGUUGCGCUCGCGCUUGCCUUCAUCUGUACAAUUGUAGCUGGUAGUGGACACGGAGGAUUUGGGGGUGGUCAUGGUGGUGGCCAUGGGGGUGGCCAUGGGGGUGGUCUUGGUGGAGGCCAUGGAGGAGGUCAUGGAGGUGGUCAUGGGGGUGGCCACGGAGGUGAAAGUGAUUUUGGGGGUGAUUUCGAUGAAAUCCACAAAGCUGGUGGGAAGCUAGAGCAUCUGGGCACGUACUACGGGAAGACCCAUACCCCACCGAAGAUCAUCAAGAUCACAAAAACAGUGGCUGUGAAGGUUCCUGUGCCCGUUCAUAUUCCAAAGUUCAUCAAAUACCCCGUUCCAUUCCCCGUGCACGUGCCAAAGAUCAUCAAGAUCAAGGAGCACUUCCCCUUCCCGGAUAAGGACUCCCACGAGACUCAUGCGAAGAUUGAGGAUCACGGCGCUAGCGAAGGUGUUCAUUUUGAUGGUCAUUCAUUCGGUGGAGUUGGUGAAGAUUUCUCUGGGCAUCAAUUCGGCGGUGGAGAUGCUUCUGGGCACGGAGGUGAUGCUGGUGGACACGGUGGUGAGGCCAGUGGCACCCUCCUCCAUGAAGAAUUCUCCCACGGAGGCUAUGGGAAUGGUCUAGGAGGAGAUCUCCAUCAAGCCUACGGUGGUAGUGGGGAAUCUUACGGUCAAAGCUACGAUCAAGGACAUCAAGGAUCAUCAGGAUAUGAUCAUCAAGCAAGCCAGGAAUCUCCUGUGAAUUACCACAUUGUCUCACAGGGUGCAUCUCCUGGCCAUGAAGCCUCAGCCUCAUACUACUCCACCGGAGGUAUUCACGAAGUUCCAGCUCCACUCUUCAGCGGCAACUACGGCCAAAGCAGCCAAAGCUACCACUAA